AAAGUGCGCCCCUCAGUGUUCAAGACAAAAACAAACAAUACCCACUUUCCAUUAGUAAUUUCGUUUAUUUUUUAACAAUCCAUAAGCGAAAAAGAUAAAAAAAACAUUUUGUCACAGCCAUGAAGUUGUACUUAUCAGUAGAAAAUUGGAUUAUCUAAAUUAUUAGCAGUUUGUGUUCUCCAUGACAACAUUAGGGAAAUCCCCAAUUAUCCUCAUUUCUGCUAUUCUAUCUCAACUUUGUUGGAGUUGCUAUUCUGGAGUGUAUUGCUUAUUGUACAUGAAUUUGCUUGUUCGCUGCUACAAUUUUUGACUUUUGAUGAUGGAAGAAGAAGCUGCUGCUGGAGCUGAUAAUAUUGUGACCGAAUUCAGUACAUAUGAAGAUUUUUUAGAUUCACAAAUCACUUCGCUGGAUCUUUACUAUCUUGAGGAUGAAGAGUUAGCACGUCAACUAGUGGAACUGGGAUACAGAGGAAGCGGAGAAGUUCUGAAAAGAGAGGAAUUCGAGGCUCGUAAACAAGCUGCAGAAGCAUCAAGACUUUCAAAAAGAAGUCAGCAAAAAACAUUAGCAAGCUCCGGCAAGGAUUUGAAAAGUACAUUUCUGCGAUCGUUAGCUCAAAGGGAAGAAGGAAACAGGAGCGGCAAAAUGACGUCCAUUAUAUUUAUCCGAGACAAAAAUGCACGAGGACAGGAAAUAUCUGGAUACAUUGACUUUGCUCAUAGACUUAAAACUGAAGAUUUUGAACCUUACUUUUCUGGAAAGAAACGAUUACUUCCAAGACCUUCAGAUUUGAGCUUUUACAACUGGGAAACUCAGACAUCAACUUCGAAUCCUACUCCUAACUAUCAAGUGAUCGCCGAAAAUGCAUCUGGACUUCUUUUCAAAAAUAAAAGAGACAGAAAAAUAUUAAACGUCGAUCCAAAAGCUCAAACUCCAGGAGACAACUCAACGCGGACACCAAUUGAAACCGACCAGUAUAUUCAAGUAGUAAUAUACGAUCAUAUCACGAGAAGAAAAACAUAAAAUUUUGAUGAAAUUUACUUAUCUUUUUCUGUUUUGUUUUCAUGACGUGUAAGCCCAUUUAUACCAUUUUUUGUUAAGUAAACUGUUAAGGAAAUUGUAAAAAUUUAUUCGAAUUUACACUGUAUUUUAUUUUGUAAUCAGUGAUUUCUUUAUACUACAUGGUGGCCAACAAAACAGAACCCAUGAACUUAAUAUUUACUCCAACGAUUCAACGAAUAUAAAGAAAAUUCCUUUUACACUUGUUUAACACUUAAAUUCUGUUCUGUUUUUGUAUUUUUAUACUCAAAAGUUUUAGUAAUAUAAGACGAAAGUUAGGUUCUUUUUAGAAUAUGUUCCAAAUUAACUGAUUCUUUUUUGUUGGUAUCACCUUGUACAUACAAAGUACAAAUGGACAAAAUGAAUAACUCUCAAAUUUUCGAAAUACUGAUGUUAGUUACACAUAUUACCGCACUAUAAUGUUGUAAUAAUUUUUAAAAUAAAUUUAUUUUACCUGGU